AUUGCUUAUUUGUUAUUUCUUUAGUUUUAUUAAUUGUCAUUUUUCGAUUGUAAGUGAUUCUUAUUCUAUUAGCUUGUUAUUUGAUUAAAAAUGCCGUUUGCGGAAACCGUCAAUGGUCACGAUAGCUUCCCGGCUGUCAAACGAUUGACUAAUAACGAUGUGCUGCAAAUAAACGUAAAGGAUGCACAAUAUACGUAUACCUUUGAAACAUUACAAGAAUCAGCACAAUAUUUAUUGAAUCGCAUCAAGAUUAGACCGAAAAUAGGGAUUAUAUGCGGUUCGGGAAUGGGAUCAUAUGAGCAAAACGAGUUGUGUCCAGGUUCGAUCGCGGAAUCCCUCGUGGACAAGCAAUGCUUCCCCUAUGAAGAAAUCCCACAUUUCCCGAUAUCUACGGUAAAAGGACAUACCGGUCAGAUGGUCUUUGGUUAUCUUCAAGGUGUACCAGUCAUGUGCAUGCAAGGCAGAUUUCAUUAUUACGAAGGUUAUCCACUUUGGAAGUGUGCCAUGCCAGUAAGAGUGAUGAAGCUGGUGGGUGUGACACAUUUAAUUGCUACGAACGCGGCCGGCGGUCUAAAUCCCACCUACAAAGUAGGUGAUAUCAUGAUAGUGAAGGAUCAUGUGAAUAUGAUGGGUUUUGCCGGUAACAAUCCACUUCAAGGACCAAAUGAUGAUAGGUUUGGGCCCCGAUUUCCUCCUAUGAAUAAAGCCUAUGACGCCACGCUGAUGGAGAUCGGUAGACAAGUAGCUGAAGAGAUGGGUAUUGGCGAUAUUGUACAUAAGGGAGUUUACACGUGUUUGGGUGGACCUAAUUUCGAGACAGUGGCAGAGUUGAAGAUGUUGCGAAUGAUCGGCGUCGACGCAGUUGGCAUGUCCACGGUUCAUGAGGUGAUCACCGCCCGGCAUUGCGAUCUCACCGUGUUCACGUUCAGUUUAAUCACUAACCAAUGUGUUACUGACUACGAAGAUCACUACGAAGCAAACCAUGAGGAAGUGAUGGACGUUGGCAAAGCGCGACAGCCGAUUCUUCAAGAAUUUGUGUCCAGAAUUGUGAUACGUCUCAGAGAUAUCCUGCAACUGACGACAAAAUAAUUCAUUCUUUAUGCUGAUCAGAAUAAUUCACUUUACUACAGGGGAUUUCGAAAUGUUGAAUUAUUUGUUUCAGUUUUCAUAUUUAAACCAAGUUUCAAACAGUUUUGUUUAUUAAUUGAAAAUUGAUUGAAAAAUUGAUAGCACAAAAUAAUGUUUCAAUUUCAAUAUGUUUUUCCCAGUGAAAGAUUGUUUUUGAAUUAUCGUUUCGUCAAUCCUUUCUUAACUGUAGUAAUCAUUAAGCGUGGAGAGACUUAACGAGUAGAUUGAUUGACAGACCAAUUCUCGAAUCCUCGUUAUUCCUAUCGCAAUUUCUUAUCUAUACAGUUGGUGUCUUGGUACUACUUAUCUGAAUUCAGGCUCGAUUCAGAUCUCAAUUGAUUCGUUAUCGCAUCUUGAGAAGCCUUGUUGGAGAAGGAAAUGAGGAAGGGGGUAGGAAGAAGGGAGAAGAAGGAGAACUUCUUAAAGACGAAGGGUUAGUCAACGCUUCCUCUCAAUUUUCCAUCCUCGUUUUGUUACCCUUAUCUCGUUUUCGUACUCUUCUAUCGCACUAAUGCAUCGUCAUUCGGCUCCGAUAAAUCUCGAAGACCAUACGGCACGGAAAUGCUGAAUUAAAUUAUUUGUUAAACGGAAAAAUUGAGCGGUGAUGGUACGAUUUCCAGGA